CUGCUGAGUGUGUUGCUUUAAGAGUGUGUAGGCAGGAGAGCCCCUCACUGCAGUGCUGUUGGGCAUGCAAACAUAAAGUUAGAAACAACGUGCAACUCGUGCACUACAAGUGGGAAGUAAAUAUGAAACGUGGUGUCGUCAGAAGCUGCUUUUCCAAUACGGUGAGAGUCAAUAAAAGCCGCGAGUCUCCACGCGCUUCCACAGUCCAUUAGACGCAGUGCGUUCAACCCGCGCAGAUUCAACUGACAGUGGUGAAGUUGCGUGAGCUAGCAUGAGCGCAUCGGCGGGACGCCUCUUCAUGUGGUCUUUAUUACUGUUUAAGGUAUGGGUGGAUGCUAGUGAUGGAGAAGCUGUAUUUAUCCGUGAGUUCACCCUGAGUCGCCGUGACGACCUCCCUGAUGAUUUCUUGAACGAAGGUCCUACAAGAGACAAGUCUGAGGAUUCUAAUUCAAGGACAGCACGGUCUGAGGAGGACAGAGACACUCUCUGGGAUGCCUGGGGCACAUGGAGCGAAUGUUCACGCACCUGCGGUGGAGGAGCUUCCUAUUCUCUCAGACGCUGCCUCAGUUCCAAGACCUGUGAGGGGCAAAAUAUCAAAUACCGUACGUGCAGUAACGUGGACUGUCCACCAGAUUCCGGAGAUUUCCGUGCUCAGCAAUGUUCAGCCCAUGCUGAUGUGCGCUACCAGGGUCGCUACUAUGAGUGGCUGCCAGUGGACAACGACCCCGAAAACCCGUGUGCCCUCAAAUGCAAGGCUAAAGGCACAGACCUAGUAGUAGAGCUGGCACCAAAGGUGUUAGAUGGAACGCGCUGCUACACAGAAUCUUUGGAUAUGUGCAUCAGCGGAGCCUGUCAGAUUGUUGGCUGUGAUCAUGAGUUAGGAAGCACUGCUAAAGAAGAUAAUUGUGGCGUUUGUAACGGAGAUGGAUCUUCUUGCAGACUCGUGAGAGGACACUACAAAUCCCAACAUGCCAGUGGAAAGACUGAGGACACUGUGAUUGUUAUUCCUUAUGGAAGUCGUCAUGUGCGUCUGGUUCUGAAAGGCCCGGAUCACUUGUAUCUGGAGAGUAAAACCUUGCAGGGGAUCAAGGGGGAGCUUUCUCUCGAUGGAACCAAGCAAUACAUCUUACAAAACACAGCCAUUGACUUCCAGAAGCUCACUGACAAGGAGAUACUUAGAAUCAUUGGACCACUAGAGGCUGACUUUACUGUCAAAGUCCAUUAUGCCAGUGGCACAGACAGCGUGGUGCAGUUUAUCUACUACCAGCCAAUCAUCCAUCGCUGGAGAGAGACAGAUUUCUUCCCAUGUUCUGUAACUUGUGGUGGAGGAUAUCAGCUCACUUCAGCGGAGUGCUUUGACCUGCGCAGUAAUCGUGUGGUUGUGGACCAGUAUUGCCAUUAUUACCCUGAGAAUGUCAAGCCCAAACCCAGACUGCAGGAGUGCAGCAUGGACCCUUGUCCUGCCAGUGAUGGCUACAAGCAAAUAAUGCCCUAUGACCUCUACCACCCACUACCUCGAUGGGAGAGCAGCCCGUGGACUGCCUGUUCUACAUCCUGCGGUGGGGGAGUCCAAAGUCGUUCCGUCUCAUGUGUGGAAGAAGACAUGCAGGGAAACAUCACUCCCACAGAUGAAUGGAAGUGUCUAUAUGCAUCCAAGACAUCCAUCGUGCAACCAUGUAACACGUUUGACUGUCCAACCUGGACUGCGCAGGAAUGGUCACCGUGCACAGUAACCUGUGGACAGGGUCUGCGCUACAGAGUGGUCCUGUGCAUUGAUCACAGAGGACUGCAUGCUGGUGGCUGCAAUCCUAUCACAAAACCACACAUAAAGGAAGAUUGUCUGGUUCCUGUUCCUUGCUACAAGCCUGCAGAGAAGCUGCCCGUUGAAGCGAAGCCACCUUGGUUCAAGCAAGCCAUAGAACUUGAGGAAGAUACAGCCAUUUCUGAAGAACCAACGUUCAUUCGAGGAGCUUGGGGGCCCUGCAGUAGAUCAUGUGGCGCUGGCAUACAGAGGCGGACAGUGAAGUGUCAGGUGUUACUCUCCUUUUCCCAGACGGUUGCUGAUCUUCCAGAUGAUGAGUGUGAAGGACAAAAGCCUCCAGAGAUGCAGCCCUGUUACCGCACGCCCUGCCUUGGAGUAAGAACUGAGCAGGAGAGCGAGAGAAUUAGAAACACAGCUACAGAGCAAGAGGAGCUACAUGACUGGGAGUAUGACGGGUUUACUGAGUGCUCUGAGAUGUGUGGUGGAGGGGUAAAAGAGGCAGUGGUGAUCUGUUUGAACAAGCAGACGAGAGAAGCCGCAGAUGAAAGUGAGUGUGUGAGCACACAGCGACCUCUUCAACUCGUGCAGGCAUGCAAUACUGAACCUUGUCCACCCAGGUGGGAGAUGGAGGCUUGGAGCGCCUGUUCAGCAACAUGUGGUGUUGGCCUCCAGACUCGAGCUGUCACCUGCACACUGAAAGUAAGUGCACACAGCAACCACACCGAGAGGGUCGGUGAUGAGAAGUGUCGGCAGCCAAAGCCCUCAUCUGUGCAGGCCUGCAAUCGUUUUGAUUGCCCUCCCAUGUGGGAUCCACAGGAAUGGAGUCAGUGUUCUCAAACAUGUGGAGGUGGCCAUCAGAAGAGGGAUGUUAUUUGUAAGCAGCGAAUGGCAGAUGGAAGUGUACUGGAGUUACCUGAAACUUUCUGUCCAUCUUCAAGCUUGCCCACAAUGCAGCCUUGUGGCCAGAUAGAUUGCCCUGCACAGUGGGUCUUCUCAAAUUGGACACAGUGUUCAGCAACCUGCGGAGAAGGGACCCAGAGGUUGCUAGUGGUGUGUAGGAGGAUGGAGCUGAAUGGACAGUACCAAACUCUGAUUCCAGAGGCCUGUGCUUCUGUUCCGAAGCCCUUGACAGCUCGGUCAUGUUCCUCUGGACCUUGUGAGAAGCCUUUCAAGCCAGUAGCUGCAAAACCAGAUCCUGCUAUUUUGACCCAGAGGAAGGUCUAUAUUCAAUGGAAGAAAGGUCCAAAACUACAUUUUGUAGUCGGUGGAUAUGCUUACUUACUUCCAUGGACCUCAGUCGUGUUGAAUUGUCCGACUCGUCAUUUUCGUAAAGGCCAUGUUCAUUGGUUAAAGGAUGGAAAACCACUGCUACUACUGCCCCAUAUUUCCAUAUCUCACAUGGGAUACAUCAAGAUCCAGCAGAUCCGUGCCUCAGACACGGGGAUGUAUACUUGUGUUGCUGGCCAGGCCCAGGAAAAUUUUGUCCUCAAACUUCUUGGAAGCAAGAAGACGAAAUUGUCAGGUCCAGAAGCUGACGUCUGGGUAACAGAUGGCGGCAAAAACACAGCAAAGACUUACCAAAUAUCUAAGGAGAAAGAGGUUCACAAUUUUAAUCGCUAUGACAAUGUCGUGCAGCACUUGCUUAAUUUAAAGGGUUUGUCCCUGGAGACGCAUGUCUCUAAAGAACUGCUGGACGACGAUGCAGUUUUGGAUUCUCUGAGCCCUCAGGUUCUUGUGGCGGACAUGGAAACACUUGAUGAGAUAACCCGUAACUUAUCUGGUGGCCUCCAGGGCACACAAAAGGAAGAAAUUAUUACUCAGCUCUUAGAGGAACUAACCAGGAAGACUAGUGAAAACAAUGAUUCCACCCUGGAAGCCCCUGAGAAACAAGAAUUCACGACUCCAGAGUACAUUUCUCGAGGAAAUGAUUUAAGACUGGCUUCUCAGUCAACCAGACAAUGGAAAGGACCUCUCAGAAGUCCAGUGAUUGUUCAGAAAUUUUCAAGAGUCUACAAGUCCCCUCAUGAAAUAUUGGCCAAUGCUGGUAGUUUUGUUGUGGUCUCAAGGCAAGCCACAAGGGUGGAGCUUAAAUGUGAAGUGCAGGGCAACCCUAACCCAGUAACGACUUGGACAAAAGAGGGGAUGGAGUUAAAAAAUGGCAGCAGAGUAGGCCUGAUGCCAGACAGCUCCCUGUACAUUGAAUCUCCCAAGGAGACUGACUUUGGAUUUUACACAUGCCAUGCCACAAAUAAUCUGGGGUCUACCUCACACUUAUUUCAAGUGCAAAAAGCAGGAAGUGGCUGUACAGUUGGUACGAGUAAAAGAAACAGCACAUGUUCUGACAAAUUCCAGUCAUCUGAAGGCUGCAGUGGACAACGCUGCCCCCACAGAUGGCAUGUGUCCUCAUGGUCCACUUGCUCAGUAAACUGUGGUGGAGGGCUACAGAGACGCAAUGUGACGUGCCUUGGGGUUGCAAACGGAGGACGCUCUUGUAUGGGUGCUGGACGAAAGCCAAUGGAAACCAAGUCCUGUAAUACGCAACCCUGUGUUUUCUGGGCAACAAGCUCAUGGGGCCCUUGCCAUGGGCAGUGUGUUGGACCACAGAAAGCACUACAGCACAGACACGUGUUCUGUCAGGAUAAGAACAGAACUAGAGUCACCCACCGGAUGUGCAGCAGGCAAACAAGGCCCACCUCACAUCGAAACUGUACCACAGAUGCCUGUGCUCUGCACUGGCGUGUUGGGCCAUGGACCCAGUGCACAGCUACCUGUGGUCGCCAUGGUUUUCAGUCACGCCACGUCACAUGCGUGCACCACCGAAGUGGAAAGCCAACCCGGGAGUUUCACUGUGCCUGGAGGCCUCGCCCUGCGAGCUGGCAGCGCUGCAACAUUCUGUCAUGUGGGAGAGGUGAUUGCCAAGACAGCACCAGGUACUGUGAGAAGGUGCGACAGCUGGAACUUUGCCCCCUGCCCCAGUUUAAAGCACGGUGCUGCCGGUCCUGCAGAGACACCUGAGACUCUACCCAGACAAAAGGACAGAAACAGAGACUAAUCCAGAGACUAAAGAACACCUGCAAACCCACCACACAGACCAGCACAUGAUCCAAAACUAAAGACCAUGGUGUGUGAUGGAUUGGGAUCACCCAGGUCAUCCAUUAAUCAGCCCAGUUAUAAGUGGGGGGGGGGAUGAGACUGGAUGCAAUCUGUAAACUAAUGAACAUUGAUUUUAAUUUAACUUCAAUGAAGGCUUUGAUUUAAUUGUGGUUUUUUUGGUUUUGCAUUUACUGCCUGUCUGAUGGUCCAGAAAGAUGUAAGACAUUUUGAAAUUCACUGGAUUGCACAUUCUAUACUCCAUCCAUAUAAAAUAGCCUUUAAUUACGAUUGAAUGUCCGCAGGGGUUUGCUGGAGUUUUCGCUCUUAGCCAUUACAGUCAGUGCAACCCAAACUGGCAACCAUAUAGAAACUGGAAAACCAAAUAGCAAAGGGAAAACUUCCCUGUAAUCUGCCACAUAAAGGAAUGGCAGGCAAAAAAUUACAAAUGUGUAUUUAAAUAUAGCCUCUUAAAUAAUUUGAAUGGGGAGAUGUUUGAAUAUUAACUAAUGAAAAAAGCUGCACUAGUUAUUUGGAAAUCAGAACCAGAUAUGUUGUUGUCAGUAAUAGGCAAUGUAUCCAGUGGCCCAGUAUUACAAAUGUGACUUCACUUAAAAAUAGGACUUCACUAUAUGGAAACCCUGAUAGCUUUGCACUCAUAAAUUUCCAUGUCCAUUUUAAAUGUGGCUGGAUAUUGUUCGAUUAUUGUUGUUAUUGUUGUUUGGUUUUGCUCGUGUUAUUCUUUUAUAAAUUGAACUUGUCCUUGU